AUGGCUAACACUGAAGAGAACCCCGAUCCACAACUAACUUUUCGCAUCGACGCACUUACUAGCAUCCUUACAAAGAUUCAACGUCUUGAUGACAUGGAUUCCCGCAUUAACUCUUUCUCCCCUAAACAAAAAGCACAGUCACGAGAAUCUGUUCAUAAUGAUUCUACGGAGUCUGAGGAGGAGCCUUCAUCCAAAUCCCGGCCUCAUAGACACUCGGCAGAUGUUGAUAGUAACCUUAAUGCUAUCAAGAUGCGCAUCCCAGAAUUUAAAGGCAGAAGUGACCCUGAGGCAUACCUGGAAUGGGAACGAAAGGUGGAGCUCUUAUUUCAAUGUCAUAACUACUCUGAUGUGAAAAAGGUAAGACUAGCGGCUGUCGAAUUCUCGAAUUAUGCCCUUGUCUGGUGGGCCGAGCUGGACAAACAGAGGAGGCGGAAUGACAAACCACCAAUUCUGUCUUGGGAGAAGAUGAAGAAGGUCAUGCGACAACGGUCUGUCCCUUCUUACUACUACAGGGAGCUACAUCAAUGGCUCCAACGGUUAUACCAAGGUUCUAAGUCUGUAGAUGAGUAUCAUAAGGAGAUGGAGAUGCUACUAAUCCAGGCAAACAUUGAGGAGGAGUCUGAGGCUACUAUGGCACGUUUCUUAAGUGGGCUGAACCGAGACAUUGCAAAUACUGUCGAACAUCCCCCAUAUGUGACUAUGGAAGACUUGGUGAACCUCGCUAUCAAGGUGGAAAGACAGCAAAAGGGAAAAGGGCUGCGUAAUUCUACUUCAAGGUGGGAUUCGAGAGGUGCUAAUUUCGGGGAGAAGACUGGAUCCAAACCUACCGAAUCAAAGGAGAAGCCCACCGAGCAGCACAGGAAGACGCACACGCCUAAUUCCACUUCUAAACCUCCUGCACGGCAUCGUGAUAUUACCUGCUUUAAGUGUCGCGGAUUAGGCCAUUAUGCUUCCGAGUGUCCAAAUAAAAGAACCAUGGUAAUUAAAGCAAAUGAUAUUUUCUCAGAAUCUGAUAACUCAGAUGGGUUUGAAGACAUGCCACAUGCGGAUGAUGCUACAGAUAAUGAAGAUAUAGUUGAGUAUGCUGUUAGUGGCGAGACCCUUGUUACUAGGCGGAUCUUAAAUGUACAAGCCAAGGACGAUCGUCUAGAACAGCGAGAGAACAUCUUUCAUACAAAAGUUUUGUUAGGAGGUAAGGUUGGACUCAUGAUCAUUGAUGCUGGAAGUCAUACAAACGUUGCUAGCUCAACGUUGAUCACAAAGUUGGGGUUGAAAUGCACCAAACACCCUAACCCUUACAAACUGGAGUGGCUAAGUGAUGUGGGUGAAUUGAAGGUUAUGAAGCAAGCCCACAUACAGUUCUCUAUUGGGAGAUAUAGUGACGAGGUACUUUGUGACGUGGUUUCCAUGCAGGCUUGUCAUCUACUUCUAGGCCGUCCAUGGCAGUAUGAUAGGAAGGAAUUUGGCGAUGUCUUUCCAGAUGAGCUGCCCCCAGGUUUACCUCCGUUACGAGGCAUUGAGCAUCAAAUUGACUUUGUUCCCGGAUCAAGCAUUCCUAACCGGCCAGCUUACCGGACCAAUCCCGAGGAGACAAAGGAACUACAACGGCAAGUCGAGGACCUUUUGGCUAAGGGUUUUGUGAGAGAAAGCAUGAGUCCUUGUGCUGUUCCAGUACUGUUGGUACCCAAGAAGGAUGGCUCAUGGAGGAUGUGUUUUGUGAUAAGUUCUGUAGGGAUUGAGGUAGAUGACGCGAAGGUGAAGGCUAUUAGAGAAUGGCCCACACCUCAGAGUGUCUCUGAUGUUAGAAGUUUUCAUGGUCUUGCGGGUUUUUAUCGGAGGUUUGUUAAAGAUUUUUCUACUAUUGCUGCACCUUUAACUGAAAUCAUCAAGAAACAUGUUAACUUUAAAUGGGAUCAUGAACAAGAAAUUGCCUUUAACACCUUGAAAGAAUUAUUGUGUUCUGCCCCCAUUCUUAUUUUACCGGAUUUUUCUAAAACUUUUGAAAUCGAAUGUGAUGCUUUCGGAAUUGGUAUAGGUGCUGUUUUAAUGCAGGAAAAGCAAGCAAUCGCCUAUUUUAGUGAGAAGUUGAAUGGAUCCCGUCUCAACUACUCAACUUAUGAUAAGGAGCUAUAUGCCUUGGUGCGAGCUUUAGAAAUGUGGCAGCAUUAUUUGCUACCUAAGGAAUUUGUGGUACAUACUGACCAUGAAUCCCUCAAACACUUGAAGGGUCAAGGGAAGCUAAACAAGAGACAUGCAAAAUGGAUAGAAUUCCUUGAAUCCUUUCCGUACGUAAUUGCCUAUAAGCAAGGUAAGGAGAAUGUGGUUGCUGAUGCAUUAUCUAGAAGGCAUGAUGGUUUUCUUUUUCGGGGUAAUAGGAUUUGUGUACCUACUUGUUCUAUUCGGGAGCUACUUGUUCUAGAAUCACAUAGUGGGGGUUUGAUGGGUCAUUUUGGUGUGCAUAAGACUUUGAAUAUUUUAUCUGAGCACUUUUACUGGCCCCACAUGCGUAAAGAUGUCGAAAAAUUUUGUGCCAAAUGCAUUACCUGUAAACAAGCUAAAUCUAAGUCCUUACCACAUGGUUUGUAUACUCCUUUACCUGUUCCUAUGCAUCCAUGGGUUGAUAUUUCUAUGGAUUUUGUUCUUGGUUUGCCUAGAACUGGGAGAGGUCGAGAUAGCAUUUUUGUUGUGGUAGAUAGAUUUAGUAAAAUGGCUCAUUUUAUUGCUUGCCAUAAAACUGAUGAUGCCACAAAUAUUGCUGACCUAUUCUUUAGAGAAGUUGUGCGCUUACAUGGUGUUCCCCAAACUAUUGUUUCUGAUCGUGAUGUCAAAUUCUUAAGUCACUUUUGGAAAGUUUUGUGGAGUAAGUUGGGAACAAAAUUAUUAUACUCAACUACUUGUCACCCUCAAACUGAUGGUCAAACUGAAGUAGUAAAUAGGACAUUGGGAACCUUGUUGCGUGCUGUUGUUGGUAAGAAUUUGAAAACCUGGGAAGAUUGUUUACCUUUUAUUGAGUUUGCUUAUAACCGAACAAUCCAUUCUUCCACUGGUUUUUUGCCCUUUGAACUUGUCUAUGGUUUUAAUCCUCUAACUGUCUUAGAUUUAAUGCCUCUACCCUUGAAUUGGGUUUGGGUACAUUUGAGGAAGGAGAGAUUUCCUACUCAGAGGAAGUCUAAACUUGAUGCUAGAGGGGAUGGCCCAUUCCAAGUGCUUGAGAAGAUCAAUAACAACGCCUACAAGAUUGACCUACUAGGUGAGUAUAAUGUUUCUGCCACUUUUAAUGUUUCUGAUCUCUCUCCUUUUGAUAUGGGCACAAAUUCGAGGACGAAUCUUUUUGAGGAAGGAGGGAAUGAUACAUGCUCGGAAAGACAACAGGGGCAUUCUAAGACACAAGGGCAGAAUGGGAAUUUCACACUUCCAGAGGGCCCCAUCACUAGAGCACGUGCAAAGAAGCUCAAGGAGAGCUUUGGGAACCUGGCGGCGCUUAUGCAUAUAGAGUUACAUCAAGUUCUAACCAAGGAAGAAUGGGCAAUUUUGUUUUAA